GGUCAUGGAAACAGACGCUGCUGCUUCUAUGAAAACUCUGUAGGACAAGGUUGUUUCUCCCCAGAAGGAAUUGGGAGACGAGGCUGAUAUUAUUGAUGCCCAUGUGCAUGAAAAGACAAUGCUGCUUCUAUGAAAACUCUGCAAGACAGGGUUGUUUCUCCGAGAAGGAAUUGGGAGACGAGGCUGAAAUUAUUGAUGCCCAUGUGUAUGGAAAGAGAUUGAAAAAGAAGUCAGCCAGUUUGAAGUCUCCAUAUACAGCGGACGGGAGGAAGAAAAAGAAAGCCAAUGAACUCUUAUCUAAGCCGCCAACUAAAGGAGAUCUUUUGGAAUUUAAGAGCUUCAUCGUACAAGCUAUUAAAACUGACCGCCUUGUACAAUGCUGCCUCGAGCACCACAAGGAGCAUGAGGAAUUUGUGAAAACCUGGUGGACUGACCUUAUCACUCCAGGUCUUUGGGUAGCGGAUACUCAUCUGAGUGAGUACCUUUACGUCUUGAGAAGAUGUUUAUGCAAUGACGAUGGAGACUCUGUCAUUGCGCCUUUUGAAUUCACAACGUACGUGAACUCUUUUGCGUGAGACCCACAAUGGCCUGUUUUGUCUGGACCCAUUGAAAAGAUUGUGGGUGGUACAUACAGCGAGGGGCAGGAAGCAUUUAAAACCAAAGCCUUGGAAAAGAACACUAAGUACGUAUAUUAUUUGAAAGCCAUGGGUACACAUUAGUUCUGUGUCAAGGCUGACUUUGAGAGGUGCUGCCUCGUUGUGCUUGACUCCCUUUCAAGGAUAUAUACGAAUGAGGACAUGCAACGUUUGCUGAAAGAUGAACUUAAAGGGUUUUCAGGCAUUGCUGGAAUUAAAGAAAUUGGAAAGCACGGA